GGGCGCCGCCGCCGAGGAGCAAGAUGGAGCUGUCUGCAGUGGGGGAGCGCGUCUUCGCCGCCGAGUCCAUCAUCAAGCGGCGCAUCCGAAAGGGGCGCAUCGAGUACCUGGUGAAAUGGAAAGGCUGGGCCAUCAAGUACAGCACCUGGGAGCCUGAGGAGAACAUCCUGGACUCCCGCCUCAUCGCCGCCUUCGAGCAGAAGGAACGAGAGCGUGAGCUGUAUGGGCCCAAGAAGAGAGGACCUAAGCCUAAAACUUUUCUCCUGAAGCCUGGUUCUAGCACCUCCUCUCCCAAGCUCCACUCCAGUGCUGCAGUGCAUCGGCUCAAGAAAGACAUCCGGCGAUGCCACCGCAUGUCCCGGCGCCCCCUGCCCCGUCCAGACCCCCAGAACAGCGGGAGUGUGGGUGGUGGGGCUGGCAUCCGUCCUCCCGUCUCACCCUUCUCGGAGACCGUCCGCAUCAUCAAUCGUAAGGUGAAACCCCGCGAGCCAAAGCGCAGUCGCAUCAUCCUCAACCUCAAAGUCAUUGACAAAGGUGGGAAGCCAGCCAAUGGGGCCGGGGGCCUUGCUCGGCCCAAGAUCCCGUCCCGAAAUCGUGUCAUUGGCAAGAGCAAAAAGUUCAGCGAAAGCGUUCUCCGCACCCAGAUCCGCCACAUGAAGUUCGGCGCCUUUUCGCUCUACAAUAAGCCGUCCGCUGCACCUGCCCCCUCUCUGGAGGGCAAAGGGGAGGCUGAAGGCUCCCAGGCAGCCUCCUGUGGGCUCAUUAUGGGCUCCACCCCCUAUGAUGCCCCCAGUUCCAGUUCCUCUGGGUGCCCAUCACCUGCCCCCCACUCCUCUUCUGACCCAGAUGAUUCACCUCCAAAGCUGCUUCCUGAGACCCUCAGCCCAGCCAUCCCCGACUGGCGUGAGUCAGAGGUCCUCGACCUCUCGAUCCCACCAGAGUCAGCUGCCACCAGCAAGCGCUCUCCCCCAGGAGGGUGCAGUGGAGGGCAGACGCCCUCCUUGUCGCUCUCCUCUUCUGACCCGGAGCAGGAGGCCGGCGACUGGCGUCCUGAGAUGUCCCCUUGCUCUAACGUGGUGGUCACAGAUGUCACCAGCAACCUUCUCACUGUCACCAUCAAGGAGUUCUGCAAUGCGGAGGAUUUUGAGAAGGUGGCGGCAGGUGGCGGUGGAGGAAGCAGCAAGUGAGCAGCUGGGUCCCCCUGCUCCAGGGGUGUGGGGGGAGCUCUACCUGCGAGAAGUCAUGGUGCGAAUGGCUGUCCUUAGUUCUCUCCUUCUCCCCUUGGCUGUCCCUCUUGCCCUCACUGCCACUCUUCCUCCUCCUUUCCCUCUGCCCACUCCUGCUUGCCUAGAGGCUGGAGUGUGUCAGUGGAGGGGAGUGGGGGCACCCACCGUUCCUGGGUGUCGCUGCUGCUGGGAGGAGGCUGGGAGGGUUGUGGUGGGGCUGGGCAGUGGUUGGUUGUCCUUGAAUGUGGUGUUGUCCAACAGGCGGCGGAGCCUUUGGGAAUGAGGGAUGGGUGAGCGUGUCUGUGUGCCUGUGGGGGUGGUGGGGAAGGUGCUCUUCCUCCUCCUCCCCCUUCUGUCUUUGAUGAAAACUGAAGAGGAGCUCCAGACCCUUGAGGGGAGCAUGUAAGAGGAUUGAAGCCCUCGCCCACAUCCUCCAAGCCUUCUCCCACAAUGUGCAUGCAGUCUCUUCCAUUCUUGUGUUUCCCCCCUUGCCAUGACUCCGAUCCUGUCAUCCCUCCCCUUCUUGGCCUGGAUCUGCCCUGUCCUCUGCUGUCCUCAUGGCAGCUGCAGAUCCAGAUGCCCCUAGAGCAAGGGGGAGAGGGGCAGGUAACGUGUGCUUGAGACAAAGCUGGGGUGGUGUGGGGUGCCCCAUGCAGCAUACGCCCUAUAUUGGCUUCCCCUUUCCUUUGACUAUUGGUGCUACCUUGGCAGUUGUAUGGGCGCUUUCAGGUGUCCUGGUCCCUCCUCUUCCCCUGCAUCUUCCAACUUGUUCAGCUCUGCAGGGGGAAGGAAAGAAAAGGGGAAUCUGCUUCUGGCCCAGAUCUUCCUCCUGGUGUUCAUCAAUUGCACUUGCUUGAGGGUGAGGGCAUGAAAUGCCCUUCCCUGCCCUUUCUGUGGUGGAAGUGGAAGUGGGCUGUGUGUCCAUCCUUUAAUUUGGGGGAAGAUACGCUGACAGCGUGUUGCUGCCCCAGCCGGGUGAGGCUGGUCUCAUGCCUUGCGUGUAAGCUUCCCUGAUCCCGUUUGCUUCCCCCCACUCCCUCAGAAGGAGGGAGGGAGGGAUGCUAAGGUGGGUCAUUUGCUCUUCCUGCUUCCUUUUGUCUUUCCUGCUCUCCUUCCCUGUGGUUGAUGGCCUAGAAGAGGGUUCCCCUCUGUCUUUUCAUCAUCUGAAACAGCCCUUACAACUGUCAACCAAAGGUGCUAAUAAGAAAUAACUGUCUCUCUCACAUCGUAUGCAUGUACGCUGGAUCUCUUCCCCCAGAGCUCCUGUGAGCUGAUACAGAAAUUCCUUCUCUUUGCCCCUAGCAAGUAGGAGCAAGCAAGGCUACGCUUGCUGUUGCUCCUCUUUCCCUGACCACUCUUGUUCACAUGCAAAAUAAGCUCUCUUUUGCAUGCCGCUUCUGGCUUGCUCUGUUUCUGUGUGGGUCCUAAGCUUCCCAGUGAGAUGCCAUUCCUUUGCUCUCCCUUCUCCCCCUACUUGCACAGGACCCAGCCUGUAGGGGCAAGGAAAAGAGGUGCUGAUCAAUCUGUGGGAGAGCCUCACCCUCUCAGCCCUGUCCCUGGUAUUCAGGAUGGGGCAAAGGGGUGUCACUUCUACAUAACAUGCUGCAGAGGUGAAAAGGGUGGAAAAAAUUCCCCGUAUCAGGGCAUACCUACUUGCAGACCUGCCCUGUGUGGGAGAACAUGAGUGGAAUCAGCCCCUCUGGUGCUUCUGCAUGAGGGUGCUCAGGAGCUUCCAGCUCCAAGGAGUGCUCUCACGUGGAGUAGUGAUUUUGUGGUUGCAGUGGUCUGAGGGUAGAAGGGAGGCGGUUUGUGGGAGAGAGGUAAUAUUUGUCUGCCCAAGAGGCGUCAUUGGGGUGGUGGAGGAAUAGACCAGCUUCUGACCUUAAUUAGGGCUUCUGUGCCCAGAGCUUGUCUUUUCCCUGCCUCCAGUGCCUGGGUUGGUGUAAUAAAAUCUGCUACCCUCCCUAAAAGUCUUGCCUCACAGUGGGUGGCAUUCAGAGCCGUGGGGCACUGCGAAUUCGCACUAGUUGUGGUGGAGUGUCUGUGCAGACAGUUCGAGGGGGAUUCCAGGUGCUGUUAGCACCACCCUUUGUACACCUCUUUCUUUCCUUGGUUAAAGACCUUAGUGGACUCCUUGGGGAUGCAGUUGCAUUAACAGCUGAAGCUAGGGGCAGGGAGAAAGAGACUUCCCUGAUCCAUUCACCAGGCUAAGGCUUCCUAUAACUUGUUGGACUUGUGUGUGUCUAUAUUGAUACUUGCCUGUAUUUUUCGUGUCUCUUUUUUUUUUUUUUUUUUUUUGGCAUCUUUCCUGUGCCUGGCACACCCGGGGAUCCCUUAUUUUAGCAUAGCCUAUCCAUUUGACUGCAGCUUCAAAGGUGAGCAGUUUGUAGGCAUAGGGAACAGCUCUUUCUUAGGGAAAUAGUGAGGAGAUUGUCUUCUUCCACCCCUGCCCCCCCUUCUCAACAAGAACUAUUCUGUGGCUGUGAGAUAAGAGGAGCUUUUGUGGGGUGAAUGCAAACUGGCCAGUCACUUUAGGUUGUUAAGUUACUGUUUGGUGUGUAUGUGGCGAUGUGUUUUGUUUUGUGGUGUCGAGGUUCUGCAAAAAAAAAAUAAUGAUGCGUUUAAGUGGGAGAUAAAAGGGAACUUUAAUAGGAAACUCUUGAUGUGUUUUGGCCAAGAUGUGUUUGCUUGGCAGAAUUCUUUUCCCCAGUGUCUCUUGUAUGGUGUUCUUUGGGGGCAGGGGGCAGGAAUUGUUUAAUCGAAGGGGUUUUGCCUUUCUCCAGAGUGACAAGCAAGGGGACUGUCUGUGAAGAGCAAAACAGUGGGUCAUUGUAGGGAUACUCCAUGAGGACCUUCUUUCUGUGGUGACGAGAUGAGGGGACUUGUUGCAGCAGAGGAACUCAUGCAGUAGAACUUUGUGGAGGAAGAAAGGAGUAUGAUCCGGCUUGCAGACACAGCUCAACUGCUUGUGUGACAAAUCUCUCCCUGGGUGGGUCACCAGGUGGGAACCAAACCCUGAACCUCUUGGAUCCAAAUUGAGGAUCCUGUGCUGUUUUGAGUUAGAGGUUUGCUAACUUGAAUGCAGCAGCAGCCUCAAGUCCCCUCAGGUGGAUGAGCCGCUUGAGGCUGACUAACCUACCUUCGUAUUCACGUGGGUUACACUCCUCCUUCUGAAUUUUUUGCCCUUGCUUCUUAAUGGAGAUGGGAAAGAAGAUCCACCCAUGCCCUUUGAAAAGGGCGUGGGAUUGAGGGAGGAGUUUAUUUGAAAGUAUCCCCUUCCCUUCCCUGUAACUCCUAGAAAAAAGAAAAAAAAACAAAACAAAAAACAGGGAAAUAUUCUCUGUGUCUGUGCCAUGUUUGUUCUCUUGUUGUCGUGUUUUUAGAGGAGAUUUUAUGAUGGAGUGGAAAAAGUGAAAUGAUUAGUUUUGCAUAAAAAAAGAAAAGUUUAAAAAAAAUUUCUACAGGGAGAGAGCGAGAGAGAGUUUAAAAAUGAAUAAUAAAUGCAGUGAUUGCACAAACUAGUGGUAUUAGAUGGUCCUUAGAGAAAAGAGUAUUUUGUAGUAUCGAAGCAUGUGUGUCUGGGAUGUUGUUUGGCUUGGUUGAACUGGAGGCAAAGGCAUUCUGGGACUAAGCAGCGAUCUCUGAGCUGAAAAGGCAAGUUGCAUGUUGGAGGAACCCUGUCUACAAACCCUUCCCGUCCUUGCCUCCCAAGUGUUGGAGUGAGUUCCCUUCCCUCCCAUACCUCUCCUGUGAGCUAAGGUGGAGUCUCUUAAGUGGUUUUUUGGCCGAGUGGCCCUCAGAAAUGGCUGGUCAUGUUCUGCUAGAAUGUGGAUCAGGCCACCCACAUGAAAACAGUUGACUUAACUUUGCAUGCACAGCAAGCUGCUAAGGUUUGGGGUUGGUGUGUACCUUUCCUGCCAAGUCACUGUCUCUUCUCUUUUCCCUCCCCCAUAUCCAAGCAGGAUUAAACGUGGUGGGCUUAUCUCCUGGGAAGCAGACAUGCCUCCCCUCUGUAGGGUCUCUUAGCUUCUUCCAGCAACAGGUGGGGGGUGGCAUUUUUCCAUAUAAGAUUCACCACAUCAGGACAGAGAACAGAGUCCCAUCUGUAUGCAGUCUGCCAUCCUGGCGGUAGCCGGAUCUUCAGAGGCAGGUGGGAGAACUGCCUUGUGUGCUGUGAAGGUUGUGCUGAGCAAUGUGUACCCCCUCCUCAAGGCCAGCAACUGCUGGAGGUUUUGGGGUGGGGGGGAGGGAGAGGAACACCCCAACAGGCCUGAGUAGGGCUGCUGCCUUCUAUUCCAGCUUCCUGCAGCGUGGCAGGGAAGAGUUGCUCAAACAUUUCUUCAAAGCAAGGAGGCAGCUCUUGUGUGCUUGCUUCCCCAUCCAAGAUGUCUCCGCUGGGCAUUCAUCUGGUGCAUGGGAGUGACUGCAGGGAAGAGGGAAGCCACCAGAUGUUGGUGUCUGAACAGAAGGUGGCAGGCAGGGGACGCUAGGACAGCUUUUCCUGUCUGGACUUCUCUGGUGCCCUUGGCUUUGCAGUGGCAGGUGACAGAUGUCUCAAUGCCUCCCAUAGCCUGGGCUGCUCUUGGGAACUUCUUCUCUCUCUGCCCAUCGAGCUCUGUCAGUGCUUCCCACGGCCUUCAGCUUGGAGUGGCAGCCUCCUCUCUUGUGCUCUCUUUUUCUCCUCGGUGAGCAGAGUGGGACUGGGGGGGUGUGAAGCUAAUGAGAUGCAAGCUCCUUUUGGCAUGGAAAACAGAGAAAUAGCGUGGUAAGCAGGCUCAGCUGUGGUAAGCCACUGCUUAAUUUCUGUUUUCAAAAAGGAAAGAGAGCUUUUCUCUGCAUCUCCCCUUACUGAAGUUCCCAGGGAGAUUUUUAUGAAAUAAACAAAAGAAAAAGAAAAAAAAAACAAACAACCAACCCCACCCACAAUCCUGCUUUUAACCAGGUGGGAGCUGUCUCUGAGCUGAGUCUUCCUAGGGAUUUCAGUCCCUUUCCCAGCCCCUCUUUGUAGAGGAGGUUUUGGCAGCUCCUAGUGUUCGGGGAUGAUCACCUUCCUGGGGACCUCCUGGCAGAAAGAGGCUGCCAUGCUGAAGGAUGGUGCUCCAAGACCCCCGUGCUUCUGCCUACCCCAGGUUGUGGCAUGAGUGGGGCUGCUUGGGAGAGCAGGUCCUUCUUCCCUCGGAGGUGUAACAAACCUGGAGUGCGUGUCUAGCUAAGUGCUUUUUUUCCUCUUGCCUCCUUCCCCACUUUCUGACAAGACCUUUUCCUCCUUGCCUGGCGCAUCCUUUUACUCCAAUGUCGCUUGCUUUUGCUGCAUUUUUCAAUCGCCCAAUAAUCGUGCAAGAGCUGGGAUCUUAUUUACUUUUUAUAUAUAAAUAUGAAACAAACCUUUUCCCCUCCCCUUUUCCCCCCUGUCUCACCCACCACCUUGUGUGUAGCCUUCCUGAACUCUGCUCUGAAGGCAGUGUGCUGUAGAAGAUUAAUUUGGGGCCAGGGAUUUGGUGCCUCUUGGGUUCUGUUCCUUCUUGGUUUGCCGUGGCCUUUGUGCCAGUUGUGUUGCUGCCCCGUGCCUCAGUCUCCCUUGUGUGAAGGGGGUGGGGGGUGGAGGGGACCAUCCUGCUGAGGGUGCUGGCAGCCUGACUCCCACGACAUUUGCAUGGAGCCAGAGGAGUGCCGAGUAUCGCUUUAGAAAUCCCCCUCUCCAUGCUUCCUUCCCUAGGUAACACCAGGAGGUACCUUCGUUUCAUCGAUGCUUUGGGGUUGAGCAAAUAAGUGGCUUUAUUUUUUCUUCUAUUUUUUAGGUCCUUCCCCAGAGUGCAGUGUGUAGUUUCUUUUUGAGGGUGUAGGUGGGAGAUGUUGGAGUCUUAUCUCCAUCCUCACCUUUGCCCUUCCGUUCUCUACUUCUCUCCUUUUGAUGUGCCCUGUGUCAGGCUAAUGUGGCUAGUAGUGGGGUUUGCACCCUUCUCUGUGCAGGGUCAGCAGCCUCGGCACCAGCAGCUUUGCAUGUGUUCUGCAUCUGAGGUACCCUGUUGUCCCACCUGCCUCAUUUGUAUGGAUAUCACAAGGCCCUGAGCUCUUCUUUCUUCCUUUCCUUCUGGGAAAAAUUUCUCCUUCUUGGAAUAAAGGGAGGUUUAGGCAGCGUGCCCUUCUCGUGGUGGUGGGCUGCCUCUGGCAGUUCUUCUGUCCCUUCAAGCUUCUCUGUGGUGGUAAACAAAACAUCUCCAGGACGGUCCAAAAGCACAGUCCCUGGGGUGAGAGUCCCUCCACCUCAGGUGAAGGCUGUGCUUUGAGCCCUCUCCCUCCAGGUGUCCAUCCAAGAGCACAGGCAGAGAUGGUGCUGGGGGGUGGACCGGUGGGGAUGCCCUCUGCGCCCGGGCUGAGCGGAGCUGGGAGGUGGGCAGCAAGCAGCGUGCUGCUGCAUAGGGAAGCAGUAAGGCGGCAGAAGGGCCGCUAGAUGCGGACAUGGUGAUGCCAGCUCCAGCAGCGACUCAGAAAGUACACCUGGCAGGGACGAAGGGCCAGGACAAGCAGCUGAAGGGUUAAUUGCCAUUGCAGGGCUGGUUCUUGACUUUGUUCAGCUGAGCACUUAAAGCUUGCACUAAGCCGAAGGAGUGUGGCUGGGUGUGUCAAAGCACUUUGUGGGACUUUGGGGUCUUGUAGGACUAGUGGGGCUCUUCUGUGCUCCUGAGCAGCUCCCUGGCUGCGCCCCGCUAUCCAGGGGUGCCGAUGGGUUCCCUCUGGGCAGGGCAGCAUGUAGGUGGUUCGUUAGCUGUGUUGGAGGGAGCCUGCUGCUUCCAGCUCCCCACCUGCAAAGGGGGACGUAGUCUUAGGUCAAGUUCUUAGACAGAACAAAAAAAAAAUUGUGAUGACUUUUUUUAGGAGAAAAGUUGUCGUGCCUGUGCCUCCCCCAAGCUGAUAAACUUGGUGUGCUGUCCUCCCCUCCUCUUCUUGUCUCCCCUGCCAUUAAGCCUUGUACACUCCUUAAGAAUAGAGGAGACUCUAUUUUGGGAUAUUUUUUCUCUCAUUUGUUUUCCUUUUGGAUAGAAAGUUGUCCGCUGGUGGUGGAGGACGGGGGCCUGCCUCAUCUGUUCCUUCCUUUCACCUUCCCCAGUGCCAAGCUUAGGCUUAAAUCCUGCAGAUUCCUGCAAAUACUGAACUUAGAGCAGGCGAGUUACCCCACUGAGCUCUGUGGUACUUGAGUGCUUCAGAUCCUGCCUGUGCUUGAGUUUUGGCAGCAUCAGAGCCUUAUCCUUUCUCCUAGAGAAGGUCAGACCUAACUCUAGAGUGCUCAUGGUUCUGGUGCAACCCAUCUGUGUCUAUUUCCCCUUACUUGGCAUACAGAGUGAAGGUGGUAAUUUUUUUUUUUUAUUUAAAAUAAACCUAAAUAUGUAUCUUGUAAUUUUUUUAUUUUGAAAAAAAUGCAUUUAAGGAUUGUGCACGGAUGAAUUGUAUAUCUAUAUUUUUUUUUGUCUUGCAAUUUUCAUUUUAAAUAUAGUGUUUGUUCAGUUUUUUGUUUUGUUUUUUUAAUCCAGUUCCCAGCUGGCUAAACUCUGUCUAGAGCGGAUGGGUGGGAGGCAUAGCCACUGGAGGGGUGAUUGAAUCGCCCUUUCCCCUGGUGCUUCCCACAAGAAAAUGGUUUGCUCCAGGUUUGGGGGUGGGGGUUGUGCUAAUUACUCUUGUAUUCUUGUACAUUUUGUUCUUUCUGCUGCUCUUGAAUAUUGUAUCAAUGCCAGAAAUGGGGAGUUAAAAAUAAUAAAAAAAAUAACCCCAAUAAAUUGUUACAUUCCAAAA